ACUUCCUUCCUUCCCUCAGAGUUGGUGCUGAGUGUCAUUAUGAGAUGUCGUCUCCAAGCGCCUCCUUCGUGCAAAUCAGGUUCGAUGACAUCCACUUCUACGAGAACUGUGGCGGCGGCAGCUUUGGGAGUGUGUACCGAGCCAGGUGGAUCUCCCAGGACAAAGAGGUGGCGGUGAAGAAACUGCUCAAGAUUGAAAACGAGGCUGAAAUCCUCAGUGUCCUCAGCCACCGUAACAUCAUCCAGUUUUAUGGCGCGAUUGUUGAGGCUCCCAACUAUGGAAUCGUCACCGAGUAUGCGAGUGGUGGAUCAUUGUAUGAUUACCUGUCCAGCGAUGAGAGUGAGGAAAUGGACAUGGGGCAGAUCAUGACAUGGGCUGCAGAGAUGGCCAGAGGAAUGCAUUAUUUACAUUCAGAGGCCCCUGUUAAGGUGAUCCACAGAGACCUAAAGUCCAGGAAUGUUGUUGUGGCAGCAGACAAGGUUCUAAAGAUCUGUGAUUUUGGGGCAUCCAAGUUCUUGACUCACACAACACACAUGUCCUUGGUGGGCACAUUUCCCUGGAUGGCUCCGGAGGUGAUUCAGAGCCUGCCUGUGUCUGAGACUUGUGACACCUUCUCCUAUGGUGUGGUUCUUUGGGAAAUGCUCACCCGUGAGAUACCUUUCAAAGGCCUGGAAGGUUUACAAGUGGCCUGGCUCGUGGUGGAGAAAAAUGAGAGGUUAACUAUCCCGAGUGGCUGUCCUGCCAGCUUUGCUGAGCUCAUGAGGAACUGCUGGGCAACAGAGCCAAAAGAAAGGCCAGUGUUCAAGCAGAUCCUCUCUACUUUGGAGUCCAUGUCUAAUGACAGCCAACUUCCUCAACAGUGCAACUCUUUCCUUCACAACAAGGCUGAAUGGAGGUGUGAGAUUGAAGCUACACUUGAGAGACUUAAGAAGCUGGAGAGAGACCUGAGUACCAAAGAGCAGGAGCUGAAGGAGCGAGAGCGCCGUCUAAAGAUGUGGGAGCGCAAACUCAUCGAACAGUCCAACAGCCCGCUCUUCUUACCUGUGGCAAAAAAGAUAAGCGCUAAGUCGUUCUAUCAGUCUAAGACGGAGGAAUCAAACAGUUCACAGAUGUCAUGUCAGAUCACUACCUCCAGUAACGAGGAGGUGAAUCUGCAGUCCAUGAUGAAAGGCUUUGAGGACAUGUUUUCCUUGGACUUUGGCCGGCCUGUCCUGCACUCGGGCAUGCAGGUCAACAUGCAGGCCAAGCAGAACUCCUCCAUGUCGAGCAGUGUCAGAGAAGGACACAAAAUCAACAUGACUCUGGGGAUGGGACGCUUCACUUGGUCUGACGACAGUGAAAAAAAGCGGGACAUGGGGGUCAAAUCCAAAGGUCACGUCAUGCACCUCAAGGGAGAAAUUGAAAAGCUAACGAAUGAGUACCUCGGGUUUGUCCACUUCCCACCUCUGUUGAAGGAUGAGCUGGAAAAGGAGGUGCAGAAGAGUAAAACUGUGAAUCUGGAGCUGGUGUUUGGGUACCACUGGAAACCAGGAACUGGGAAAUCUGACUGCAAAUGGAAAAUGUACAUGGAACUUGAUGGAGAUGACGUUGCAGUAACCUACAUCAAAGACGUCAUCUUCAAUGCCAACCGACAGGAUGUGGAAAUCCUUCGGAUGACUAAGCCACCUUUUGUGAUGGACAAAUGGAUCGUUGGAUUACUGCAGGACCAGAAAGUGGACUACACAGUCAAUUAUGAGAAUGAUGUCAAGUCACCAAAGUCUACCAGACACAGCUGUCCAGUGAUGUGGAGUCACAGUGGUGGCCAAGACGAGAUCAAAACUGUGGAGCUGGUCAUCGAAACUACACCAGCUAACAUUGACUGGAGCCCCAUGGACAAGUCUAAUGCUGAUAUUGAUCCCACAUGGAUGUGGAAUGUAAGGCGGAAGCAGUUGAUGAACCAGAAAUCCAUGCAGACGACUGCUGCUCUGACUGCCUUCACUAGCUCUGACGCCCGCACUCUGCCUCAGUUCCUGUCUGCACAUGAAAGCCACGGGUUUUCUUAUGCUGCAGCUGUGCGUCGCUCUCCAAACCGUGCCCAUGGAACUCCUUGGAUUGACUCACGCAGCUCCUCGCCAACUACCAGCCUGUCGGCCAAACUCUCCUCACUUCAUCUUGGGUCAAAGGGCAGCAGCCCUUCCAGCACCACGUCAGAGAGCGCCUCAGAGAGGGAACGAGAGCGCCCACUCAGUGCUGGAGCAGUGCAUGACCACCACAGAAACCGCUACUUGGGCAACACAUUAACUGUGGGAGGGGGGCAAGGUAGGGGGCAUGCAUGGACCAAUACUAGAGGUAACUAUAUUAAUAAUAAAACCAGCAAAACCUCACGACAGCCAGCGAGGCCAUGGUCCAACAGUUACAGUUUCACACCACAGAACCGCCCCUCCACAAUACCAGGUAUAUUGUCUGUGACAGAAAACCCCAGUGAGGAGAAAGAAGGGGCCAAAGCCAGCGAAGGAGGGUGGAUCAAAGUGGAGCGACAGAAAAGAUUACCACGUCAGGACAAUAAACAAGUCAGAGGUCGACAGAGGAAAGGGGGCAGGGGAGGUCGCGGUGCUGGUGGAAGAACUUAAUGUGGGCCACACAUGAACUGACAGCUUCUUAACAUGCGCUGAAAAGGUUUUUACAUUAUGAAUUAUGUCUGCUUACAUGCUCACAAAUGAACGGCUUGUUUUAAGAGAAUCACACUGAUACCUAUGAUGUGUAUAUGAAUGAACAUAAGUUUUUAUUUUUUUUUAAACUGGCUGCUAUCAGGUUAAUAUAAAUGCUUUAUUACUUUUAUUAUUAUAAAAAUGGAAAAAUCAUCCUUGUUCUUCACUUUCUUCCUUCGAUUUAAUAUCAGGUAGCAACCAGUGUUAUGGUUGCAUAAUUUAUUUUAUUUUAUUUAUCAGCCCAGU